AUGUUCACCGAGCUGAUCGUCCUCGCCGCCUUCGUGGCCGUAGCCCAUGCUGGUUUCCUGGGCGCCCCCGCCGUCGUUGCCCCCGGCCCAGCCAUCGCCGCCCGCGCUUACGCCGCCCCCGUGGCGUACGCCGCCCCAGCCCUUCGUGCUGCUCCCGUGGCAUACGCCGCCCCCGCACUGCGUGCCGCCCCCCUGGCCGUCGCCCCCGCCGUGAGAGCCGCCCCCGUCGCAGUCGCCGCCCCCGCCGCCGUGGCCGCCGAGUACGACCCCAACCCCCAGUACAGCUACGCUUACAGCGUGCAGGACGCCCUCACCGGUGACUCCAAGAACCAGCAGGAGAGCCGCAGCGGAGACGUCGUCCAGGGCAGCUACAGCCUGGUCGAGCCCGACGGUUCCAUCCGCACCGUCGACUACACCGCCGACCCCGUCAACGGCUUCAACGCCGUCGUGCACAAGGAGGCCGGCGCCCAUCCCGCCCCCGUCGUCGCCAAAGUGGCCGCCCCCGUCGCCUACGCCGCCCCCGCCGUCGCUAAGAUCGCCGCCCCUGUGGCCUACGCCGCCCCGGCCAUUGCUAAGUACGCUGCCCCCCUUGCCUAUGGCAAGGCCAUCCUGGAAAAUACUAAACCAUCAAAAUCGGAGGUUAGUCCAACUAUAGAGACUGGAAAGAAUUUUAAUCAGAUGUCCUGUGUGUUUCAGCUGAUCGUCCUCGCCGCCUUCGUGGCCGUCGCCCGUGCCGGCUACCUGGGAGCCCCCGCCGUCGUCGCCCCCGGCCCUGCCAUCGCCGCCCGCGCUUAUGCCGCCCCCGCACUCCACGCUGCUCCUGUGGCGUACGCCGCCCCGGCGCUGCGCGCCGCCCCCUUGGCAGUCGCCCCCGCCGUGAGAGCCGCCCCCGUCGCAGUCGCCGCCCCCGCCGCAGUCGCCGCCGAGUACGACCCCAACCCCCAGUACAGCUACGCUUACAGCGUGCAGGACGCCCUCACCGGUGACUCCAAGAACCAGCAGGAGAGCCGCAGCGGCGACGUCGUCCAGGGCAGCUACAGCCUGGUCGAGCCCGAUGGCUCCAUCCGCACCGUCGACUACACCGCCGACCCCGUCAACGGCUUCAACGCCGUCGUGCACAGGGAGGCCGCUGCCCACCCCGCCCCCGUCGUCGCCAAGGUGGCCGCCCCCGUCGCCUACGCCGCCCCCGCCGUCGCUAAGAUCGCCGCCCCUGUGGCCUACGCCGCCCCGGCCAUUGCUAAGUACGCUGCCCCCCUUGCCUAUGCUGCGAAAAGUUUCUCAUUACCUUCUUUUUUUCAUGCCGCAGGCUUGUAUGGUUUCCACAGUAUUGCAGCUUGA